UAUAAGUCUUAUUUUAAUAAUAGUUUUUACAAAUUUGAUAAAUAUUUUUUUACUUAUAUAUAUAUAUCUCAAUGGCAGAUGUUGCAAGUCUGAAAGAAGCAAUAAUUCAAUAUGAAUUUCAGUUAUCCCAAAUUGUAUCUGCGUUGUCUAUGGAAACGAAGGAAAGUGAUAAGAAUGAUUUAUUAAAUUUAAAAUCAAAUCUUCAAGAAUUAAUUGACUUAACUAAAGAAAAUUUAGAAAAGCUUGAAGGAAUUGAUGCUGAAAAUUCAAACAUGCCUGAGAGUAAGGAGAAUGACGAAGAUGAUGAAAAUGAUGAGAAUGAUCCAUUGGCGAAUGAAUAUGCCUUAUUUAAGGCAGAAAUAGAAGAUUGCUCAAACAAUUCAAAGAGUGUUGAGCAAAAUAGUGAAGCUGCAGGUGCUUGGAAUGAUAUAGAAGAUGAAUUGAAGCAACUUGAGGGAAUGAAAUGUAGAGCUCGGCUUAAUAGCAGUUGGGAUAGUGGUGGUUACCACAAUGCUAUGAUAUGUUCAGUCGAUAGAAGUACUAAUCCAACGUUGAAAUCUAUGCAUGAAAUCAAGGUCAGAGUGCUCUUUAUUAAUCCAACAUAUAAAGAAAUGCUUCCAUGUCCAUAUUUCUUUGAGGGAAAUUGUAAGUUCUCAGACGAUCAAUGUCAUUUUUCACAUGGAGAGAUAGUACCAUUUUCCAAUCUGCAGGAAUAUAAGGAACCCAACUAUGAAAAUAUUAAGAUAGGCAGUAGAGUACUAGUUAAACAAAACAAUAAUUUAUGGUAUAGAUCAAUUGUUAUUAAAAUGCCUGACGAAGUUGAAGAAGUUGUUCGUGUUAAACUAGAAGCAAAAGGUGAUAUCACAGAAAUAGGUUUGCAAGAUCUUGUACCUCUUGAUACUAAUGAUUCAGAAUUAUCUGAUGAAUCUGAUGAUAGUGAAAUUGAUAACAAUGAGAAAGAUUAUACUACCGAAGCAUUAAUAGAUAAAUCUUUACUAAUGACACCGACUACUCAACCCUUAGGACAUUGGGAAAAACAUACACGUGGUAUGGGUAGUAAAUUAAUGGCAAAGAUGGGUUACGUGAGAGGUACAGGUUUAGGGAAAUUAGCAGACGGAAGAAUAGAUCCUGUUGAAGCUGCAGUAUUACCACCUGGUAGAUCUUUAGAUCAUUGUAUGGAGUUACGUGAAAUAGCUGGCAAUGAUAAAAACUUAUUUUCUGCUGAAUUUAAAAUGCGUAAGAAGCAACAAAAAUUAGAACGACAAAGACAAAGAGAAUAUGAAAGAGAAAAAGAAAAGGAACAAAGUAAUAUAUUCAAUUUCUUAAACACGACAUUAAAUACAACAUUAGUUGAAAACAAAAAUAAGGAUGUAGCCAGUACGUCAAAAUCUAAAUGUAAUUUGAAAACGGAAUCAAAUUGGAAAUUAAAUGUUGCAAAUUUUCAAGUAGGCGAAGAUAUCAACCGGUUGGAAAGAGAAUCAUUGAAACUUAAAAAUUCAAUGACAAGACAUUCAAAAGAUAGCACACCUUACAAAAAUAUUCUAGCGCAAUAUAAUGAGAAACAAAAGAAACUUAUUGAAUUACGUGCUUGUGAGAAAAAUAUUGCAGCUGAACAAACUCAAAGAAAAAACAAAGCUAAAUUGUCCGUAUUUUAAAAAAGAUAAUAAAAAUAUAUAGAAGCAUGUAUGUUUGAUACCUAUCCAAAGUAAAUAAAUAAAAAAUUCUGUACAGAAUAAAAAUAUAUAUAUAUAUAAAUCCACCUACAAAUAAUCGCUAAAUUAAUGUAACUUCUAUUUAAAUAAAUAAUAUUUCACAAAA